AUGGCGACUUAUCGCAAUAUGGAGGAGUCUGUCUCCGGCACAGACCUCGCACAUCAGAGAACGCGACUGCGCAGCCACAGCAUUGAUCUCGUCAACACAUCGGAAUUCGACGCGGGCCAUUCGCCAGAUUCGUAUUACAAGGCCAGAUUGUCGCCCCAGAGAUAUCGACUGAGACAGCUAUUGCUGCCAUUGGUGCGGGCCGAAACAGCUGUCCUUGCACGAAUCCAGGCCGAGAUGCGCUCUCCUUUUGGCGACAUAUACUUCCCCUGGACAGCCAAUCUGGGCUCUCACACGUUCUAUGUGCUGAUACUACCGUUUCCACUGUGGUUUGGAUACUUGGCGCUUGCUCGUGAUCUGGUGUUUGUUCUGGGGCUCGGAAUCUACUUCUCUGGGUUAGUCAAGGAUUACCUGUGCUUGCCUAGACCCGAAUCUCCGCCCCUCCAUCGGAUCACAAUGUCGAAAUAUACCACUCAGGAGUACGGAUGUCCUUCUUCACAUAGUGCAAAUGCUGCUGGGCUCGUUCUGGUGAUUUCAAAGCAUCUUUGGGCGGAGUGGACUGGUUCUUUGGUGAAUUACGCUCUCGUUCUCGUUCUGGUUUUGUAUUACACAUCGCUAGUAAGUGGUCGUGUGUACUGCGGAAUGCAUGGAUUUGUGGAUAUUUCUGUGGGGACUAUAAUUGGAGUUUUUGUGGUUAUAUUGAGGCUGGUGCUGGGACAGGUUUGGGAUGCAGCUGCCUACAGCGGGUCUCUGGCAUUUCCGCUGUUCAUCUUAUUUGCCUAUUAUUUGUCUAUAGCCUGGCACCCAGUGCCGUUGGAUGCUUGUCCCUGUUUUGAUGAUAGUGUCGCGUUCGUGGGCGUUCUCGUGGGUUUGGAACUGGCCCAUUGGUCAAAAGCCUUGAUUACCGGCGAUGCGACUAUACCUUACUCCUUUGCUGAGCUUGGAAUCUUCCGUUCCAUUUUGCGUCUUGGUUUGGGCGUUCUAUGCGUGGUUGUCUGGAAAGAGCUAGUCUCAAAGCCUGUCUUAACUGUUUUGUACCGCCCAAUCUUCCGUGCGUUCCCCAAACUAGACCACUCCGAAGCAGACAAGACGCAAGCUUGUGGUGCAAUGAAAUCGCGCUUCAGCUUGGAGAUUUUGGUGAGGGUUUCGGCCUAUGCAGGAGUUUCUGCUAUUGUCGUUGCCAGUUAUAUAGUUAUGGACCUGUGCGGCUGCGGUGUGCAGUAA